AUGACCAAACCAGAGGAGAUCUUCACAAACAGUGAGCACGAGGAGACAGAAGCAGAAGAGGAAACUGGCUUCACUGGGUCCGUUCCUCCACCAACGGUCCAAGGACAAGUGAUUCCAGAUGAGAACCCUGACUUGAUCGAUGCCGAUGAGGACCUUGCUGCUGAGUUCCCUGAUGAUACUGAAUAUCUUGAGCUCGUUCAUCUCAAAAUAAGAUCCAUGGAUGACUUGAACUUGGCAAGGUUCAAGCACUUGAAAGGUUUAAUCCUCAGACAGAACUUACUGGAUUCGUUUGGUGCCAUUAAGUACGCGUCCGAUGAGCUUGAAGAGUUGGACCUGUAUGACAACAGAAUCAAGCACAUCUCGUCGCAUGUUAACGAUAAGGUACAGUUGAGGAACUUGGACUUGUCUUUUAAUAAGAUUAGGAACAUCAAGAACAUUGAGAAACUGACCAAGCUGGAAAACUUGUACUUUGUUCAGAAUAAGAUCACAGACAUCGUCAACUUGGAAACAUUUACCUCUUUGAAGAACUUGGAGCUAGGAGGCAACAGAAUUACACAGAUCAAGAACCUCGAUCCUCUUGUCAACCUGACAGAGCUGUGGCUGGCGAAGAACAGGAUCUCCAAGCUGGAGAACCUGUCGACUCUUAAGAACUUGAAGAUCCUCUCCAUACAAUCCAACAGAAUCACCAAGAUUGAAGGAUUGGAAGGUUUAGAGAACUUGGAAGAGCUUUACAUCUCCCAUAACGGCAUUGAGAAGAUUGAAGGCUUGGAUAAGAACUUGAAGCUGACAACCUUGGAUAUCACUGGUAAUAGGGUGUCCAAAUUGGAAAACUUGUCCCAUUUGAAAGAACUUACGGAUCUAUGGGCAUCAUAUAACAAGAUUGCCUCCUUUGCCAAUGUUGAGGACGAGCUCAAAGAUUUGAAGAACUUGGAUACUGUGUAUCUGGAAUCUAAUCCUAUCCAAACGGAAAACCCAACGAGUUAUAGAAGAAAGCUCAUCAUGUUCCUACCACAAGUUAACAAGAUUGAUGCUACUUACGUUAGAUGA